AUGCCUUACAUAGGUGGUUCUGAUACUUCGAGGAAUUCUUUUCAGACUCUGAGAGAAAAACAUUCUAUUCUAAAUGAGGGAAACCCUACUAAUCAAGCUCAGUCACAAUUUAAUGUUUCAGAGAAACAAGUUAUAGAAGAUCUCAGUCCUCCUAAUGCAGCAAAUUUACAAGAACGUUCGAAUUCACUCCAUUCUCUAAACUCCUGCUCGACGGACAUCGAUAUGCAGGAGCUGAUGAAUCUCCCUAAUGAAUCUACCCAUGUGUAUUCAUAUAAUCCCUUAUCGCCAAAUUCAUUAGCUGUCAGGCUGAAAAUUUUGAAAAGAUCGUUGGAAAUUUUAAUAGGUAACCCUGAUAUGUUGAAGGAUCCCUCUGGAAGUAAUUCCGCAAAUGGUGACGAUGCAGAGACAAAUCAUUCAAGACAUUUAAGCCAAUUCAUUAAACAUGAUAAAGAUUUCUUAAGUCAUCUUGAAAGCUACAAUUCAUCGCAACACAAUAGAGAUAAUAAUACCAGUUAUGACAGCGCAGAUGGAGUGUACGCUAAAAAUAAUAGAAGAGAUAGUUUACAAUUAAAUAAGCACACAACACAUUCAGCAACAUUGCAAGCAUUUGUUACGAAAAGUGCAACUGCUACGAUCAUGAAUACUCCAACCGUAUCAGACACUAACAUUGCAUCCAUGCCAAGAGCAACAUCUUUAAUGCAUUUACCUAGUGGACACAGUAGUUCACUUAAUGGCGCCUAUGGAAAAAUAAAAACAUCAAAUAGUCAUUCGAUUAAUAAAAUGACAAUGCAUAAACUUUCAAACAUUUCGGAACAUGAAACUAGUUAUAAUAAUAAUAAUAGUGGAGAUGAAAGUGCUGAAAGUGAAAUAAACUCUGAAUCUGACGAAGAUAAUUUGAACUUCACUGCAAUUUCUAUCUCUACAAAACACAGAAAGGGAGUGGAAUCAAAAAAAGAAAACAUAUUUUAUAAUAAUUCAACGGCGAGUCAAUCUGCAGAGAUUGUAACAUCGCGUAUAUCCGAUUUGGUUCAAUUAUUAGACUUAUUGAAUGAAACCUUGGAAAACAAUUUGUCUGCUAAAGCAUCAGCUUUACAUAACAUGUCCUUGUUGAAUAUCAAUAAAUUAAACAUUGGCGAUGUCAAAAAUUCAGGCUCCACUACAGUCACAAAGACGUUAUUGGAUAGUUUAGCCGAGCCAUUUUUUGAAUUAUUGGCGGAUGAACGGUCAAUCGAUGAUGAGGCUGAAUUGAAAACAGAAAUGAAUGAAUUUUUGGGAAAUAAAAAUAAUGGAAAUGCGAUUCCCAGCGAAGAUAACGAAUCGUUUACUGAAUUCAGACCACAACAAGAUUAUGGCCGUUUAUUGCAUACAUUCACCUCGAUUAAAAACUCUGCACCUCAUGCGAUUUUCACAUGUUCUGAACAAUAUCCGUGGCAGUUUAGGGCAGCUAACGAUUUAUCAUGUUUAUCAUUUGGUAUAUCUAGGAAUGCCAUCAAAGCAUUAUCUUUAUUGGAUUUGAUUCAUCCGGAUAAUAGAGAUUUCGUUUGCAAUAAAAUAUUAGGAACUGAAGGGAGAGAUAUCGUUUUCACAGGUGAAAUUGUAGCUAUUGUUCAACCGGGUGGUAGUCAAAAGUCAGGAUCCGGAAAAAAUAACUUAAUAUGGGCAUCAAUUUGGGCGAAAAGAAAAAACAAUUUAUUAGUCUGUGUUUUUGAGAAGGUUCCAUGUGAUUACAUGGACUUAAAACUUAACUUGAAUGAUUUUUCGAUAGAAGAUAUCGUUAGCAAUGAUGCUUUAUUCAAACAAAAACAAAGCCCUGGUGAUGACUUAAAAUUGAGUAGCCUUUCAAUGGAAAAAGAAUUAUCUUUAGCUUUGUUACCUUCACAUACAAAUACUGAUAAUGACUUUGAAAAUCAUGAUUUUUCUUCUAAUAAAGAAAAUGAGAACAUUGAUAUUGCUCCAAUUCCAACGAAGAAAAAGUCUGUGAAAUUUGCCAAUGAAAUGCACGAUGUAUCUGAUAUUAGUCUUUCUCUUUCGAAACUAAUCAAAGAUGUUAUGCAGGGAAAAAUAUUUGAAAAGGAAGAUAAACUAUAUUCUGUUCAAGAAAGGGUCGCAAAUCAUAUAAAUAGAAGAAGAUACUUCACAAUUAACCAUUUGUCAUAUAACAUCCCAUGUGCUGUUUCGGCAAUCAUGUUAGAGAAAGAAUUAAAGUUAAAAGUUCAUAGUUUGCCAUAUGAAGCUGGUCUCUUCAUCAUCGAUACACAUACUUUGCAACUCAUAACUUUUAACAGAUCUAUAGCCAAAAACAUGUUUGGUUUACAUUUUAGUGAAUUAGCUGGAGAGCAUAUUGACACAAUUAUUCCAUUAUUUUCGAAGAUUAUCUCAUACGUAGCCCAGAAGUACUCAGCUUUGGAUAUUACCAAUUGCAGGAAUAAAGGUUUAGUACUAACCGAGCAUUUCUUUAGAAAAAUCCAAGCUGAAAUGGAUGGUGAUCGGGAUGCAUUUUACACAUCGGUUGGUAUAGAUGGUCUUCACAGAGAUGGAUGUUCGAUAAAGAUAGAUUUUCAACUUCGUGUUGUCGAUCCAUCUGUUGCAUUUGUUUGGAUAACCCAUUCAAGAGAUGUUGUAUUCGAAGACUAUAAUUCUAAUCCUUCGCAACUACAAAUGUUAAACGAAAGCGAAUUGGCUUUCAUAAGCAGUAACAGUAGUUCGGCAUCUUCUUCGAAAAAAUCAACCCUUAAAAUAAACAUUAAAGAUCUGUCUGCGCUUUCUAAGUUAUCUCUUGAUAAUAAGCAUAUGUCAGGAGAAACUAUUACGUCACAAGGAACUGCUCCCAAUUCUAACAGUUCUCAAUCACAUUCUUCCCUCAAUUUACACGUUCCACGCACGCCGGAAUCGGUACGUUCUUCCUCAAAUGUAUUAUCACCGAAAACGUCUAAUAAUAAGAAACACACAGACUCAAAAGGAGAUGUUGAAACUAAUGACAAUGAAAAUAUUUUUAAUGAUAGCGAAUUAAGAAAUAAACUGGAACUUGCAAAUGUCUACGUAAAAGAUAAAUCUCAAUUUAUCAACUCAGGUAGAUUUACUGUUGAUGAAGGUCUAAUUAAAAGCAUGGCAACCUCACCCAUCAGUUCUAAAUCAGCUUCAUCUCUGCAAUUGUCUGCUCGUGUACCUUCCAAAGAAAUCAGUAGCGGUGGAUCCUUCCCCGAUCUUAAUUCUAAUAUCAGUUCUUUAAAGAAUUCACCAUCUGAAUUGAAGACUACAUUUUUACAUGUUCCAGAGAAUCAAAUUGGUUCUCAAAAACGUACGAAAAAGUUUUCAGAUUUUGUUAUUUUACAGAAGAUGGGCGAAGGUGCAUAUGGCAAAGUUAACUUAUGCCUUCAUAAAAAGAAACGGUAUAUUGUUGUUAUCAAAAUGAUAUUCAAAGAAAGAAUUUUGGUAGAUACCUGGGUUAGAGAUAGACAGUUGGGUACAAUUCCUUCAGAAAUCCAAAUAAUGACAACAUUGAAUAAAAGUCCUCAUGAAAAUAUCAUGCAACUUCUAGAUUUUUUUGAAGAUGAUGAUUAUUAUUACAUUGAAACUCCCUUGCAUGGUGAAACUGGGUGUAUUGAUUUGUUUGAUUUAAUUGAAUUCAAAUCAAACAUGACCGAAUCGGAGGCAAGAUUGAUUUUCAUUCAAGUUGUGCUUGGUAUAAAGCACUUGCAUGACUCUAAUAUAGUUCAUAGAGAUGUUAAGGACGAAAAUGUUAUUGUUGAUGCCAAAGGUUUUGUUAAGCUAAUUGAUUUUGGUUCAGCAGCCUAUGUCAACAGUGGUCCAUUUGAUGUUUUUGUUGGUACCAUAGAUUAUGCUGCUCCAGAAGUGCUAAGUGGUGAACCGUAUCUUGGUAAACCACAAGAUAUUUGGGCGAUUGGUAUUUUAUUAUAUACUAUAAUGUUUAAAGAGAAUCCCUUCUAUAACAUUGAUGAGAUUCUUGAAGCUGAACUAAAAAUUAAUAACACAAGCGAUGCAAGUCAAGAUUGUAUUGAUUUAAUUAAAAGGAUAUUAACCAAGAAUCCAAAUAAGCGUCCAACCAUUGAUGAGAUUGUUAAUGAUAAAUGGUUGAAACUAUAA